AUGGUUUAUGUGCCUUAUAUUAGCUCAAAGCUGCCUAAUUACGAUGGCCCAUAUCCUGUCGGUGCGUUUGAUUUGGAGUUGCCAGUCGAUGAGCCAGACGAAAAGCAAUCUGCCAGCUUCAAGAUUGAUACAGAUCCGGAGCCACUCAAGCUAGAAACUGUCCUCUUCACACUGUACUACCCAACAGACAAGAAAGCUUUUAACGGCAAGGGGAAGCUUAUCAAGUGGUUUCCUAGGCCAUUCGCUUCCACCGCUUAUGGAUAUGCUAAGCUUGCUGAGAUUUCUCGCACUUUUGCAGUUUCAUUCGCACAUGCUCUAGCUCGCAGCACAAAGAUCCCUGCAUACGAUUCUGCUCCUCUCGCUUCCUGCCCCACGGGAAAAUGGCCGCUUAUCAUCUUCUCGCACGGCCUCGGCGGGCAGAGGAGAAUGUACAGCCACCUCUGCGGGAGCCUGGCUAGUCAUGGAUAUAUAGUGUGUGCAGUUGAGCACCGCGAUGGAAGUGCACCAACUUCGUGGGUCUAUCCACCGCUCAACAAUCGCAGCGAGCAGGGCUCGCCGAGAUCAGUCACCUGGUACGACUGGAAACAGGUGAAGUUUGAAGAUCCUUCAAAAGAAGAGUCCCACGUCCCUCUGCGUGACGAGCAGCUCGAUUUCCGGUUGAGAGAGCUUGAGAUGACCUGGAAACAUCUCAAACGUAUUGCUGCGGGCCAGGGCGCUGCAUCUGAGCUCAUGAACCAUCGUAAGAAAGUAAGUGGUGCUGCAGGCCAAGUGAAUUGGGAUUCAUUCGCAAGAUGUAUGGAUGCAGACAGGGAUGUUACUUUCAUGGGCCACAGCUUCGGUGGAGCGACUAUCUGCAGGGUUGCGACCAAGUCAGAUGGAUUUCUGCGAUGCAUAACACUCGAUCCUUGGAGCUGGUGGGAGAUUUUCCCAGAAGACGCCAUCUCGUACCCCGUUUUCUCACCGCCGCAUUUCGACAUCAAGGUGCCUUUGCUGACGAUCAAUUCUGAGCAGUUCACAGUAUGGCACGACAACUUCCGCUCCGUCUACGACCUUCACCGACGCCAGAAAGAUAAAGGACUGCCGUCGUGGUUAUUCACCAUCUGCGGCACGCUUCACGCUUCAUUCAGCGACAUCAACCUAAUUGCGCCUCGGCUGUCCAAGUACAAAGGGAUGCGUAUCAACCCAAAGCAAGCACUUGGCCUGACGGUGGAUGUCGUGAGGGAGUUCACGAACCAAAACCCCAGCCAUGACCGUACACCUUCGAUCCACACCCACGCUAGCACCGACACAUCUGAGUUCUCCGUGUGUGAGAGCGAGGAUGAGGAGCAUGCGCGUGUUCUCGAUGAAAGACGUCGCGAGAGGCCCUACGAACUCGCUGACGAGGACAAGGAGAGCAUUAUGAAGAGGUGGCCGCCACGUCUCCCGCCAACGUCGAAAGAGCUGAUCAAGUUGAAGAUCGGAGAGCCCGGCCAUUUCGUCCUGCAUAUCAAACCGAGAGAGGAAUAUGCAGGGGCAGAUGUGGAAGACUCUAUACCGUCGCCUACCCUCCCCAGUCACACACCGCCAGAUACUACGAGUCAGCCUAACCAGCAGCUGCCAUACAAUGUGUCGGCAUCGUGA